CUUCUCAUGAACAGUCAUGGCAUCUUACAUGAAAUGAGCUCUUGCGCAACCAACGACUGUUGCUCAUGCAGUUUCGCCAGAGAGUGUUACUGGCAAUGCGCUACAUGCGAUAACGAUCCUGGUGGCAAGUCAUGGGGGCGUUGAGUUUGAUCCUCCUUCUUCUCACAGUGGCGACCCUCGCAUAUCAAUACCCACACAUGCUCAAGAACUUUUUGCCAGCCUGGCUGGCCGCUCCAGAUGCAAAUGGAGGAGGUGCUACAGGGAGUUCUGCACAGAAUCGAGUUGAUGACGAGCUGAGCGAAGGCGAUGCCACUCCAAAAGCCAAAUCUCAGGCAUCUGCAGACGAUGUGCCGACAUUCACGCUGAAUGAAGAGACUGAAGACAAUGCGCUAUCUGAGCAUGAGCCCGUGGCUCCAUCGUUCCCUGCGAUCAAUAGCGCUCAACGAGCAUCCUCGAUGCCACCGCCACCACUUCCAGUACAAACGGCCAAACCUGUUGCGAACGGAGGCAGUAGUCUGAUGCCGCCUCCGAGUCGACCAACGCAUGGCCUUAGACCCAGCGCAGCAGCAGGUCUCCGAGUGCCCAGUACAGGACCCCUACCCAAUCGUGGGCCUCCAACGGGAAGUCAGCAGCGUGUCAGCUCUGGUCUCACCGCGAAUGGAACAGCCAAGUCCACGCCGAACCCUCGCAACAAAGUCCUCCUGAAACCAGGUCACUCGCCAAUGGACUGGGCAGCCCUUACAAAACAAGGCAAUAUAUCAGGAGUCAGCACAUUUCAGCGCGUGACACCCAGUCAGCUGAAGACCAUGACUGGUCGAAAGGGAAAGCCUGCGUGGAGUAGUUGGCAAGGCAAGGUUUACAACAUUACUCCAUAUCUACCAUUCCAUCCUGGAGGCGAAGCUGAGUUGAUGAAGGCUGCUGGACGUGAUGGCACGAAGUUGUUUAUGGAUGUUCACCCAUGGGUAAAUUGGGAGAAUAUGCUAGGAACGUGCUUGGUGGGUAUUUUGGUGCCUGAGAACUACGGGCAGGAGGAGGGUAGCAGUCUAGAAGAUAUGGAUUGAUGCGGCCUUCCACUUUAAAUUGAAGAAUAGCUGAUAUCACGAAUAAAUGCUUCGAAGCUAUUCUGCACUCACUUGUACCUGGCGAAAUGUUUUACAAUUCAGUUGAUG